UCAAGUUUUUAGCAGAGGAUGAGAGGACCUCGCUAAAAUAAUCUAACACCAACUAUGAUGGAACAAAGACUGAUUCAGCUCUUUCUGUUUUCAGGUGAGUUUUUAUUAAUGAUUUUUUUUUUAUGCACAAGAUGCUGCACAGCAUAAUUUUAUUUAUUUUCUUAUUUGUUUUUUUUUUUUGUUUUUUUUUGUAUAUUUUAAAUGCAUUUUUAUUAGAAUCUUAUUUUUACAUUUUAUUCUUAAUUUUUAUUUCUUAAUCAUCUGUUAUGGUUACUUUUUUAUAUAUAUAUAUAUUUUUUUUUUUUUUUUUUAAAUAAGCACUUUGCCAUUGUGAAUGAAAUAUGAUAUAACAGUAAAAACAUGUCUUGUAUGACUGUGCAUGUUUUAUAUACAUUUAAAGAAUAAGAAAUGUUAUAAAUGUAUUCUUGUGUCUUUUGUCCGUCAUAUGCAUCUGGAGAUAGACUCUGAAUGAAUUUUCUGAGUGCUGAGUAAUUGAAACCUUUGAAAUCUGUUCUGUUUCUUCAGCAGGGUUUCUCUCUGUAAUUCUGUGUGGCUCACAUGAGUACAUUCUGAUCCGAGAGUAUAAAACGUGGGACGAGGCUCAAGAUUACUGUCGACAGAACCACAUUGACUUGGCCACUGUACAGAGUGAUGAAGAGUGGAGCCAAUUAAACACAUUAAGUGCUGAACUACAGUUUUACACUUGGAUUGGACUGUAUGAUGAUGUAAACAGCUGGCGUUGGUCUUUUCAAGAUGAAAGCAUCACAUACGCGAAAUGGGAUAAGCAUCAGCCAGAUAAUUUUGAAGGGAACCAAGAUUGUGUAAUGCUUCGUUCAAGUGGAUAUUGGCGUGACAAAGGCUGUGAUCUCAGAUGUGUUAUUAUUUGUCAAAGCGGUAAGACGUGUAUACUUUUACAAGAAAAUACUAUUUCAGUCUUUCUACUUCAAAAUUUUACUUUUAAUUUAAUGUGUUACUUGCUUGUUUCUUUGUAAUUAUGUACUAGAAAUUUCUAAAUGAGAGUUGUUUCAAAGAAAACCCGUAGGAAAAUCUUGAGGGAACCAGUGGCGAUUUAAUCUUCCUGGUUUUGAAGUCAUCCCUGCACCAUAUGGUUGUUGGAAUUAGUAAAAAAAAAAAAAAAAAAGCCUUUGCCAACAAACUUAAUCAGUUAUUUUAAUGUUUUUCAGAAGGACAGCCGGUACUAGUUAAUGGUUCACUGAUGUCUUGGAACAAAGCUCAGAGUUACUGUAGAGAAAACUACGAAGAUCUGUUCACCGUAAAGAAUGAUGAUGACAAUCAACAGCUAACCACGAUGACCCAAAAUUACACUUGUGUAUGGAUCGGUCUGUUCAGGGACUCAUGGAAGUGGUCGGAUCAGACCACCACAAGCCCUUAUUCCCCUCUGCAAUGGGCUGCAGGACAACCAGAUAAUUUAUUUGGCAGUGAAAUCUGUGCUGCUAUAGACAAUGAUGGUCAGAUUGCUGAUGAGCGCUGCUCAAAACAGUUUUUCUUCUUUUGCAAUGUACGGCCGAAGCAACAGAUAUUAAGACUGGAGGUGAAAGCAGCUGAUGAUGUCAAUGGUCAAGCGAUUACAGAUGCUGUGUUGAUGAAGGUUCAUCAGAAACUGAGAGAGCAGACGAUGGCAGCAGAUGUUAAGUUGGUGUGGCGGGAGCAGGCGAAUGGAAUGGUGUUCCAAAAAAUUAAGGAUCAUUAUAAAUGAGAAAAAAAACAAACUUAAACGGACAUGAUUAAAUUACCAAAAGAACAGAGUAACCUUCUCAUUUACAUUAUAUCUGAAAGAACCAAUAUAUUUUAGUCAAUUAAUUGCAUGUUUAGAAUUUUAGAUUUUAUUAGAUUUAUUCAACCUGAUCUUACAAGAAAAUGUGACUAUUUUAUGAGGUGGUGAUUUCAUAUGAAUUUAUGCAAUGGGAAUCGAAUGAAAAUGUACAUUGUUUUUUAGAAAAAAAAAAAUAUAACCAUCUAAGCAUAACCAUUGCUGGAGCAGAUCAUAUAAAUUCAUAGAAGAUUAGUAGGGCUGGGACAAUAAAUCGUUGAAUUGAUUCUGGAUCGAUUCUGAGAUUUUCCGAAUGCAUCACGAUUCUCUCUCUUAGCUUAGUUUUUAACAGUAGAUGGCACUUCUUGCUUUACAAACACCCGUACUCUUCUUGCUUUCAAUUCCUUACACACAUCACUUGAACCUUCUAUAAAAUAACCAUUCAAAAAAUUUGAAAAGUUUAAAGCGAAUUGCAAGGGUGUUUGCAGUGGGCUGUUUAGAUUAAUCUCGUGUCAUAAAAGUAUUCUGAGGUGCAAGUUCAUAGCCGAACGCACAAGCGCUCUCCUCUUCAUGAGCAUUUGAACGUGCAGUUAAAAACCAGCCUUGAGCACCAUCUGCUGUUAAAAACGAAGCUCAGAAUCGAUUCAAGAGAGAAUCGCGAUGCAUUCAGAAAAUCUCAGAAUCCAUCCACGAAUCGAGAUGAAUCGAUUUAUUGUCCCAGCCCUAAAAAAUAGACAAUGUAGUUACGAAAAAAAAAUUGUUAUUUGUAAAUAAAACAUUAUUGUGAAUGAAGUUGGUGAAAGGCUAAACCAGAGGAUAACAUCAGCUGAUAAGACUUUAGAGGAUUAGUUCACUUUAAAAUGAAAAUUACCUCAAGCUUUACUCCCCCUCAAGCCAUAUUCAACUUACAAAAGAAAAAAGUAACUGACGUCGUGUCAGUUACGCUUUUUUCGUACGUUGAAUACGGAAGGCGGUCUGGUGAAGGUAGAUAUUUUUCUUACACAAACGCAUCGCUUCGCUUCAGAAAGCCUUUAUUGACCUCCGGAGUAUGUUUAUAAUGGAUGGAUGCACUUUCUUGAGCUUCAAACUCUUUGAUCCCGUUCACUGCCAUUAUAAAGCUCGGAUGCGUCAAGAUAUUUAUUAAUAUAACUCCGAUUGUGUUCAUCAGAAAGAAGAAAGUCAUAUACACCUAGGAUGAGUAAAGCUUGGGCUAAUUUCAUUUUAAAGUGAACUAAUCCUUUAACUACACUUGCAGAGUAAGAUUCAUGACAGUGGAUGUGUAUUAUAAGUCGGAUGCGGUGUAUUUGUGAGAUUUGCAUAUGAGAUGUUCUCGUCUCUGAGUCUAGAGUGGGCACACUUCGACUAAAUGUGUAAACCAUCCGCUUGUUAAGUUGUGACACAUUGUUUCUGAGUUCGUUUUUAAGAUUCUGGGUCAAAUUAGCAUUUUUAUUAAUCUAUAUGCAAAUUGUGUUUAAUGAUUUAUCAAUUUCAUGUAAACAGUGUCAAAUAUACAGCAGGUUCAUUAGCAUUAUUUAAUAAGGUCUACUACAUUUAAAAAAUAAAUGGUAAAAUUAAUUUAUUUAGCUUUGAAAAUGUAAAAAAUGAUGAUAUUAUUAGUUCAUCUCACAGAUUACCUUUAGAACGUUUUACAAACAAAAACAUACAUAAUAAAUUUAAUAGUUCAUUAGCAGACAUUGUGUAAUGCUUAACAUUUAGUCAUGGAUAUUCAAAAGUAAAUCAAAGUGAUGUUGAAUUUACUGCCGUGUACUUGUGUGUGCGUUCUUUUGGAUUUUCUGCUGUUUUGUGAUCUUGUGUAUCAGCCAGCUCAGUGGUUGGAAGAUAUACAGGAAGCUUUUUAAAAUGCAUAUCUGAAAAGACCAAUUAACUGGUCACCAGCAUGUUAUUUUGUAUAAUUGUCUAAGUUGAGUUUCAUUAUAACUGGCAAGGCUUCCUCGACAGCUUCACUGGUUUGCCAACUUUACCAGGUGAGUUUUGAUAGUGAGCAGAAUGGUUAGUUCACCGGCUAGAUCAAUACUUCACAGUACCCGAUACAUUCAGAGGUUGUACCCUCAAAAGCGUUUCUCAACAAAUGCUGAUAACAACAUGAUUUCCCAUGCAAAUAAUUCCCUUCAUCCUUGGCAGUGAUUAUUCUGUAUUUGUGUAAAUGCAUUUGUUGAGCAUCAUUAGUUGAGGAAAUUAUGAAUACCUACAAAAAAAAAAAAGAAUUUCUUCACACCUGGUCUUAACUCACUUUUAAAACAAGGUGGAUAUCUGUCUACUACAACUUGCAUUUUUGGCGUCUGGACAGUGAUGGAGCUGAGAUUGGUGAGUGUAUUGUAAUAAAAAGUGUUGUCACUAACUGCUGCUUAGAAUAAUUUUGCUACUGCAAAGCUACAUUACAUUGUUAGUUUUGAAGUUGUAAAACUAAUAGCUUUGCAAUAUUCUUUUAGGAGGAGGAGUGUCAUUGGAGAAGGCGUAAAGUCAAUGGCCCUGACGUAAUUGAAUCGCUUUCAGUGUUUUACGACUGAAAGCGAAGGUGGAAAUGACCUUGGAAAUGACUGGUUGGUGCUGUAAAAUGAAUCCCACCUUCACACAAUGCAGUUUAUUUAGUGUAGUGAGGCUUCCCUGCCAUUGACUUCCAUUCAAUCAGAAUGGCCUUCCUGAAUGUCUCGCUGUCGAUGAUGCUCAUCUUGCCGACAGAUGCAGCUAGUCUAUGGAGAAGAGCUCACUAAUCUAAUCUCAGCAGCGAUGGAGCAAAGAUUGAUUCAUCUCUUUUUGCUGUCAGGGUUUCUCUAUUUAAUUCUGUGCGGCUCAUGUGAGUACAUUCUGAUCCAAGAGAAAAAAACGUGGAAAGAGGCUCAAGAUCACUGUCGACAGAACUACAUUGACUUGGCUACUGUUCAGACUGAUGAAGAGUGGAGCGAAUUGAGCAAGUUAAGAGCUGAACUACAGUUUUACAUUUGGAUCGGACUGUAUGAUGAUGUGAACAGCUGGCAUUGGUCUUUUCAAAAUGAAACUUUUAAUUUCUUUCUAUGGGAUACUGACCAGCCAAACAAUUUGCAUGGAAAACAAUAUUGUGUAAAUCUACGAUCAACUGGAUACUGGUGGGAUGAAGACUGUAAUUUGACAUAUCCUUUUUUUUGUCAAAAUGGUGAAGGACAGCCAGUACUAGUUACUGAUCCAGCGAUGUCCUGGAAUGACGCACAGAAUUACUGCAGAGAACACUACACAGACCUGUUCACCGUGAGGAACAGGGAUGAGAAUAAACAGCUAACCACGAUGAUCAAAUAUUACACUUGUGGCUGGAUAGGUCUGUUCAGGGACUCGUGGAAGUGGUUGAAUCAGACCAGCAUGAGCCCUUAUUUCCCUCUGCGAUGGGCUGCAGGACAACCAGAUAAUUCAUUUGCCAAUGAGACGUGUGCCGCUUUAGAUGAUUACGGUCACAUUGCUGAUGAGACCUGCAAAAGUUUGCAUUUCUUCUUGUGCCAGAUAGCACGAGUGAAGCAACAGGUAUUAAGACUGGAGGUGAAAGCAGGAGAUAAUGUCAAUGAUCAAGCGAUUACAGCUGCUUUGUUAAAUAAGGUCCAGCAGACACUGAGAGAGCAGGGAAUGGCAGCAGAUGUUAAGUUGGCAUGGCGGGAGCAGCCGGAUGGAAUGGUGUUCCAAAAAAUGAAAAAUGGAUCAACAGGCAUGAACGAAGAACUUUAAGGGGAGAAGAUGGUUAAAUUUUAUCUUUGACAAACUUGAAUAUAGUGCUUCUGAUUUGUAGUAUAAUAUGUAGCGUUUAGAAUUCAGAUUAAUAAUUUCAGUGAACAUUUUUAGUUAGAUUUACAGUAGAUUUUACACUAAGAAAGAAUGGUUCUUUUAUGAUCUGAUCACUGAAAGGUUAUUUAGGGAAACAAAAAUUGUUCUUCUAUGGAAUCACUACAUUUUAGGCAGCACAAACACUUUGUUAAUGUCAAUAAAGGGGAGCUGAAAAUAUGUCAACUGGGUGUGAACUGACCAGAAGUGGAGCUCUGUUAGUAUCAUGUUGAUUUAUUUGUCACAUCAAACAGGGUUCAUCAACACAUCCUACUAACAUUCAAACCGUGAAUAAAGUGGCUGGAGUAUUUCAAUACUACUUAAAUACUUAGAUAACAUUAAAAAAAGAAGAAGAAUGCAAGCAGAAGUGAUUAAGGAUUAAGGAAUGAUAGAGCUAGCGUCAAUCUCUCAUGCAGAUCACUUGCGAGAAAGAUGUUCCAGUCAGGUUCACCAGAUCCUUUAGUCAAAUGUACACAAAGUGUCAUGAAAAUGAGUGGAUUAGGCCAGAAACAAAGCUUUGAGUUGAGUGGAAGUUGAAGAAUUCAUUGAACUCAAUGACCUCAGUGUUUCUCUACGACUUUAGAUUGGACAUCAAGUGGCAUCCCAACACAGUAACAAAAUGAUUUAUUAUAAAUGGAAAUAUGGUUAAAAUACAUUAAAAAGUGUUAGUAUGUAUUACCAUGAAUGACAUCAACGACAACAAUGAGAAAUUACUUUUUUUUUUUUUGCUCUCUAAAUGUCUUUUUUGUUUUGUUUUUUGUUUUUUUAAAUUCAGUGGAUUAUUGUUGUUAGCAGACAAUAAAACGGCACAACUGAACAUGUUUAAUGUCGACUGCAUCAUAUCUUUGACCUGUAGUUUUGUUCAUAGUUUUUUAAAUACGAGGGCAUCGCAAAACCUGUUCAAGUUUCGUCACACAUGAUUCCAUAAAGGUGACCUAAACGUCCAGGAUUAUCUGUAAAUCUGCUUUUGUUCAUGCCAGUGUUUGGCAUGCUGGUGGUGCUAAUGGUUAGAGAGUUGGACUUAUAACCUGAAGGUCAUGGGUUUGAGCCUCAGUACCAGCAGGAAAUGUAGGUGGUGGGGAGUGGGUUUGGAAUGACAUGAGGGUGAGUAAUUAAUGACAUAAUUUUCAUGGGUGAACUAACCCUUUAACGCAUUAUAGUCCUUCACGUCUAUUGCGAUUUUCAAGAUUCUGGCCACUUGAUAAUACCUACUGUAGUAUAUCAAAAUCAAAAAAUGUUGAUAUACUAGGAAACAUUAAAAAGCAUCAUAUGAACCAUUUAAACAAACAAUAAAAACAAAUGAAAAAUAACUAUGAUUGCAGUGUGAUUUCCAUGUCACUUCAU